CAAUCUUUUACUUUUUCUCUUCAUUCUCUUGUUUCUCUCUCUUUCAAAAGUUUUUCAUUUGAAUUGAUUUUUGAUUUGAUGGCUUCCGAAUCUGAAAAUUCUGAGCUUUCGUAUAACUUCGAAAGAAUGAUCAGAAACAGCGACAUGUCUGUGUUAUUGCCCUUCAUCCAAGGUCUUUCCCACCCUUCUCCAACUCGAAGAAACAGAAACAACCCAGAUCAAGAAUCAGAGAGCACCGAAGAUUCCGACCGUCAAAGAAUCAUCUUGGUGAACCCUUCGACACAGCGCAUGAUUAUAGUGGAAGGAGUUUCAAGUCUGGAAACUCUGUUUCACGAACUGGAAAGGACCACAAAGAAUAGCCAGCCACCAGCUUCAAAGGAGUCGAUAGAAGGUAUGAAAAGGGUUGAGAUUGAAGAAAGUGAUGGUGGAGAGUGUGUUGUUUGUUUGGAAGAGUUUGAGGUUGGUGGGGUUGUUAGAGAAAUGCCAUGUGAGCAUAGGUUUCAUGGUGAUUGCAUUGAGAAGUGGUUAGGGAUUCAUGGGUCUUGUCCUGUUUGUAGGUAUCAGAUGCCUGUUGAUGAGAAAGAGGAGGGAAAGAAAAAUGAAGAAGAGGAAGAAGGAGAAGAAGGUGGAGAGAGAAGAAGGGUUGGUGGUGAAGUUUGGGUUAGUUUUUCUAUUAGUAGGAGAAGGAGAAAUCAUGAUCAAAAUCAAGCUACUUCUGAUGGUGAUUCAAAUGAUUCUUCAUCAAGCCCUAGAGAUGGUGAUGGUGAUGAAAUUGGGAAUUGAUCUUAUUUUUUGUUUUGUAAUGAUACUGCUUUAUCUUUUCAAUUUGUUGAUGGAAAUGUAUAGGGUUCAAAUGCACAAAUUUGUUUUUACAUGUGGAAAUAAAUAAUGAAAUUUUGCUUACUUUUCUUUGAA